AUCCAGUCUUCCUCGUGGUUUCUUGGGCCUACCUGUGUUUAUUUCUGACUACCAGCGCUUCCUCAACCCCAGGAAAAUACGCUCCCGUCAGCCGCAUCUACUGGGACUCCCUUUUCGCUGAGUCCUCGGUACUCUUGCUGCGCUUCCGGGUCGGCCAGGAGGCACCCGGAAACAGUGAGUACAAACCACACGAAUUACGUUCUUACUCACGACAU